AUGCCUCAAAUCAACACCCUCCUCUUCGACUGCGACAACACCCUCGUCCUCUCCGAGGAGCUCGCAUUCGAGGCCUGCGCCGACCUCAUCAACAAGAUCUGCAAGGAGCGCGGCCUCCAAAUCACCUUCACCGGCGAGACGCUCAUCAAGGAGUUUGUUGGCCAAAACUUCCGCGGCAUGCUCACCACGCUGCAGAAGCAGCAUGGCAUCCAGAUUAGCCCCGACGACAUGGAAAAGUAUGUCAGCAUGGAGGAGGACGCCGUCAUCGCAAAGCUCAAGGCCGCGCUGCGCCCCUGUCCCGGCGUCGACGAGCAGCUCGAGAAGCUGGCCGCCUCCAACAAGUACUGCCUUGCCGUCGUCUCCUCGUCGGCCCUGCGCCGCGUCAAGGCCUCCGUCGACAAGGUCGGCCAGGACAAGUACUUCAAGAGUGACAAGGGCGACAAGAUCUACUCGGCCGCCACCAGCCUCGACAAACCCACCAGCAAGCCCGACCCGGCCAUCUACCUCCACGCCCUCAAGGACCUGGGCAAAAAGGCCGACGAGAGCGUCGCCAUUGAGGACAGCAAGAGCGGCACCCUCAGCGGCACCCGCGCCGGCAUCAAGGUCAUUGGCUACGUCGGCCCCUACUCCCCGGACUUGAGGCCCGAGAUGGAAAAGGUGCUCACGGACGCCGGCGCCGUCGUCAUCAUGCGCGACUGGUCCGAGUUCCCAGCCUGCCUGCAAAAGAUUGAGGCCGGCGAGGUCUAG